AUGGAGAAAUACAAACAAAUCCUGGCCAAACUAAAAUGGCACAAAAAUAGAACCUGCGAAAAGUACCAAUUUGGAAUGUUCGAAAUUGAUAAGCGGGAGGUGUUCAUAACGACGGAGCAUUCGUAUGGAUUUGUAAACAACAAGCCACUCCUACCAGGCCACAUCCUCCUAACGACAUUAAAAAGGAGAGAAAAAUAUAACGAUCUGGAAAUAGAAGAAAUAAUAGAUAUUAAUUUAUUGUCAAAUUUUAUGUGCCAUGUCAUGGGUGCCUUACACAAUACCACCAAUUUCUCCAUAGCCAUACAGGAUGGGAAGGAUGCGGGGCAAACUGUGGACCAGGUACACAUUCAUAUAAUACCGAGAAAAAGCUCCGACUACCAGAAUAAUGAUAACAUAUAUAAAGACAUGAACAGUUUGAAUUGGGGAUACGGACGGGAUGUUGUGUGUGCCGCAUGCAACAAUGUGGUGAAGAUACCUGCGAAGGGACCAGUGGAGGAGACCUUCAAGUUGGAAGAAUUCAACACGGCCCUGAGGUCCAUCGACGAAAUGGAAGUAGAAGCAAACACGAUAAGGUCUUACAUCGAAACCAAUUUUGCGUCAUCCUGA